AUGAGUUUAUCAAAAAUUGAAAAUCAAUACAGACCACCUUUUCCACCUAAUAUUACUGCUUAUGAGCUUUUAAAUUACAAAUCAGUUCCAAACCCUUUCAUAAUAUAUAGAAUAGCGGUGAGAAUGGAAUGUAAAUCAAAAAAUAUUACUAUUGAACGAAAGAAUGUUUCUAAUAUUGCAAGUAAUUUAUGGAAAUCAGAGCCUGCUAUUGUUAAAAAUACUUAUAAAGAAAUAGAAAUUGAUGCAAAAAUUCUGCAUAAUAUUAUGAUACAACAAGAAAAUGGUUCUGUUACAUCUUCGAUUUCUAGCAACAAUAUUUUUAUUCCUUCACCACCUUUACUACAACAAGAGAAUCCAUUUUCUUACUUUACACCUGAACAACAAUCUAAUUUGACACCUCUAGUAUUAUAUCCUUCUGAUCUUGUGCCAGAACAAUCUCCUUGUCAAGUUUCAAACAAUAAUGAAGCAUGUUUCCCGUAUUUACCACAAGAAAAUCCUUUUACACAUGGAAGCCUAAUUAUCGAACAACGUGUUCAAACCUUAGAAGAAAAUUUUUACGCAUUUUAUCAAAUUCUAAACGAAAGUGGAUAUCAUGUUAUAGAAACAGUUGUAACAGGAUCAGGCACAAACAAUUAUGCGAAUAUUAAACAACGUAUACAAAUAUUAGAAUUGCAAAAAAAUUUAUUUUACCAAACUUUAGUCCAACAUGGAUUUAUUGACAUAGUUGAACAAGGCACAAUUGAAAAUUUUUCUACGCUUGAAACCUUGAAUAUUGAAAAACGUAUUCAAUUGUUAGAAAAUCAAAUUAAUUUAUUUUUUAAUCAUGAUUAUUCAAGUUAA